GGAUCCCUCCACAAAGGUCAAAGCAAAGUUCAUACUUUUUUUGUUUCUCUUGUCUUCUUCUUGUGUGGAAUAUUUGAAGGAUAUUGCAAUGGACAAAAGGCCUGACCUCAUCCAUGGAACAAUUGAAGCUACCAUCUUCAAUGCAACUCCUUACUCUCCUUCAUUUCCCUUCAAUUGUUUAUGCAUAAAUGGAAAACCUGCUUAUGUGACAAUCAAGAUAGACAACAAGAAAGUAGCAAAAACAACACAAGAAAGCGAACGUAUUUGGAACCAAACAUUUCAGGUUCAUUGCGCUCACCUAGCUGAUUCAACUAUCACCAUUACACUGAAAACAUCAUGUUCCAUAUUAGGAAAAUUCCACAUCAAGGCACAACAGUUGAAGCAAGAGAGUUUGAUUGAUGGAUUCUUCCCUCUCCUCAUGGAAAAUGGUAAACCAAAUGAAGAACUAAAACUAAGGUUUAUAUUAUGGUUCAAGCCAGCAAAUUUGGAACCAAGUUGGUCAAAGCUAUUAAGUAGUGAAGAGUUUCAAGGGCUAAGGGAUGCUACAUUUCCACAAAGAUCUAAUUGUCAUGUUAAGCUCUAUCAUGAUGCUCAUCAUUCACCUACUUUCCAACCUCCUUUAGAUAUUUGUGGAGUUCCAAGAUUGCUAUGGGAAGAUGUUUAUAAAGCUAUUGAGGGUGCAAAGUAUUUAGUUUACAUUGCAGGAUGGUCUUUCAAUCCAAAGAUGGUUCUGGUUAGAGAUCCUCAAACAGAAAUCCCACAUGCAAGAGAAAUAAAGUUAGGUGAACUGUUGAAGAAGAAAGCAGAAGAAGGUGUUUCUGUAAGGAUUAUGAUUUGGGAUGAUGAGACAUCAUUGCCACUUAUUAAGAACAAAGGUGUGAUGAACACACAUGAUGAGGAUGCAUUUUCUUACUUUAAACAUACAAAAGUAGUAUGCAGAAAGUGUCCUAGAUUACAUCAUAAAUUCCCAACAAUUUUUGCUCAUCAUCAGAAAACCAUAACCAUGGAUACCAAAGCUCCUAACUCUGUCAAUGACAGAGAAAUUAUGAGUUUUUUGGGCGGUUUAGAUUUGUGCGACGGACGGUAUGAUACCGAGAAACAUUCGUUGUUUCAAACACUUACUAAGGAAUCACAUUACCAUGAUUUCUACCAGACAAGCAUUGUAGGAGCAAGCCUCAAGAAAGGAGGUCCAAGAGAGCCUUGGCAUGAUGCCCAUGCUUGUGUUACUGGCGAGGCGGCUUGGGAUGUUUUAACCAAUUUUGAACAAAGAUGGACCAAACAAUGUGAUUCAUCGCUUCUAGUCCCUGCAAACACCUUACAAAAAUUCAUUCCUAUUUCCUCAACAAGCACUUCCAUUGAGAGGAAUUGGAAAGUACAAGUAUAUCGGUCGAUUGACCAUGUCUCAGCUAGCCAACUGUUUCGAAAACUAACAGUUGAGACUAGCAUCCAUGAAGCUUACGUCGAAGCAAUUAGGCGCGCCGACAGGUUUGUGUACAUUGAAAACCAAUAUUUCAUUGGAGGGUGUCAUUUGUGGCGGAAAGAUAGAAACAGUGGCUGCAGAAAUUUGAUACCUAUUGAGAUUGCACUCAAGAUAGUCAACAAGAUAAAAGCAAGAGAAAGAUUUGCAGUGUAUAUAGUCAUACCAAUGUGGCCAGAAGGAGGACCUGAGAGUGAACCAGUUCAAGAUAUACUACAUUGGACAAGAGAAACAAUGACAAUGAUGUAUAAGUUGAUUGGAGAAGCAAUUAUAGAAAGUGGUGAGCCAGGACAUCCAAGAGAUUAUUUGAAUUUCUUUUGCCUUGCAAAUAGGGAAAACAAGGAAAAUGAAGAAUAUAUUCCUCCACAUUCCCCUCAUCCUGAAACUGAAUAUUGGAAUGCACAGAACAAUAGAAGAUUCAUGGUUUAUGUUCACUCCAAACUCAUGAUAGUGGACGACCUAUAUAUAUUAAUAGGAUCGGCAAAUGUGAACCAGAGAUCGAUGGACGGGCAAAGAGACACAGAGAUUGCGAUCGGAGGCUAUCAAUCUCAGGAAGGAAUUGAUCACCACAUGACCAAAGGUGAUAUUCAUGCAUACAGAAUGUCAAUGUGGUACGAGCACACAGGGAGAGCUGAGAACUUGUUUUUAGAGCCAGAAAGUUUAGAAUGUGUGCAGAGAAUGUGUUCAAUAGGAGAUAAAAUGUGGAAAAUCUAUAGUAGUGAAGAAAUUGUGGACAUGGAAGGUGUACAUCUAGUAACUUACCCUAUGGAAGUAACAAAAGAUGGAUCUGUGGAGGACUUAACUAACGGUGAGGAACAUUUUCCUGAUACAACAUCUCUAGUGAAAGGGAGAAGAUCAAAGUUAUUACCCUCUGUCAUUACUACUUAGCCAUGGAAUUGUGGCAUUGGGAUGUACACACAAAAUUACUGACCAUUCUUUAAUAAGUGCUGACAUUAUCACAUUAUAGUUACACCAGAUAAAAUACAGAAAAAAUAAGCUGAGCACAAUCCAAGAAGCGUAUAUACAGAGCCUGUUGUCUGGUGUAAGUAAAAUAUUUAAGUGUUAUUUUUAAUCAAGCUGAGAGGAUAAAUUUGAUAGGCACAGCCAAAGUUUUAACUGAACAAUGUUCACACUCCCUUAUGUACAUAACAGAGUUUGACUUUUUAAUGUAUACACGAGAAUUCAAUAAAGAUAUUUAAAAUAAAUCCACUCGAUUUGAGUUAGAAUAGCAAAUUGAAUCUGACCACAAGCAAUCAAAGGUUAAAUCACAUAAACCAAAUGACACAAUCAAGAGCAACCUAAAAAAGGGGGAAGAAAUAUGUAGAGGAAGUAAAUCUAAAGGAACAGCAUAAAAUCACUGAAGCAUGCUAGUAAAUAACAUCUAAAACUGUCUGAUCAACCAAGAUGAAGGAGGGAACAACCAAAGCCAACAAAUUAUGGAUAUCCCAAGUCCUGUGUAGCCUACCUGUACUAGGAAAAAAGUCAUAUUUCUUACUGAGGCA